UUUCAGUAUUUUUCACUGAUUUUAAUUAUUAUGUAUGUACAUACAAAUUGGGAUCUAAAUGCAGAGACUAAAAAUGAAAUGUUUUUCAUUACAGUUCAUUCUGAGCAAAAACUGUAUUUUUUCUUUCCGGUUCAGAAGUUCUGCAGCCUCCUUUCCAAAUCGUAACCGGUUAGAACAAAAUAAAAGAACAGUUAAUAAAGUUAUUUUUAAAGUGACAGUACUCUGCACUAAGGGGUGGGUGAAAUACCAAUUGCAGUGUUGCCAGAUCUCGCAACAGAAACAAGCAACAUGGUCUGGAAAAACAAGCCCAAAAUAAGCCAAUUGCCUCACCAAAAUAAGCUAAAAUUUGCACAAAUUUUUUUUUUUUGUAUUAACAUAGAAAUCAUUACAGUAUACAGUUAAUUAACAGUUAAAUAUAAUUUUAAUUACAGAUCUGCUUCUCAGUCAAAACCCGACAGCAUCAAAUCUGUAGUAAUGCAUCAAAUCUAACAAUAAUUCACUGAAGACAUGGAAACAACUGAGAAAUGUACUUUUUACCUCUAAUAAUGUUUUCUUUGUAUCUCGAUUAGCCGUGCAUGUACCGUAUAUGUACUAAUUAUACAUAGUUUAAUUAUACAUAAAAACGUCAUCAUUCACAGAAGGCUACAUCCACAACUUUGCCAGUUGAGCAAAGAAAUGCGUGAUGCAGCAGUUUCCUUCAGGAUCAAAGCACGUUUCAUUUUUUCAGGCAACAUGAUGUGGUGUAGUUCCAAACAUUUACUGUGAUAAAUCCUUUGGCCUUUAGUUUCAUGAAAAAAUUAUUGCAAUGAAAUUAACCGGUUAUAACCGGUUACCAGCAUUUAAAAAUAAAGUUUUCACUCCAGAACAAUUGAAAAUCACGUUGUUCCGGUUUUCAGUUAUGUUCUGCUAAAUAUUUUGCUUUUCGGCUUUCGUUUUCGUUCCUUGAACCAUUUUUAGUCCCUGUCUAAAAGUCUGGGACCAACUGUAAAAAAGAUUUUCAAUUGUUCUAAAAACAAAAUCACAGUUUUUGACAUCAAUAAAUUAUAUUUUGAGCAUAACAAUUUGAAUGAAAAGUUGAAUAAUAAUAAAAAAAAAAAAUGAUAAUAACAUGAAUUUCAGAACUUGACCUGUUGAUCCAUGGGAUCCCAACAUGAACUGAGAAUGUUUUAAAGAGCAUCUUGUGUGCUUCAAUGAAAGCAAGUGCUCGAUCAACAUGGCAAACAACACAACAAAUGAAAUCUAUACAAACACGUCACAUCUACAAAUCUACAGAAAUACCACUAACCAAACAAAUCACUGGAGUGUGUUGUUUCUUAUCAUUGUGGAUAAGUGCAAUGCGAAAGAUGCUACCUAUGUUCGCUUUCCGAUCGACAUCUUUACUUUCGUGGUGGCCCUCCCAACAAAUGUGGCUCUGCUAUGGCUGCUGAUGAGGGGCAGCAAAGCACUAUCACCCUCUGAAGUUUUGGCGCUCAAUCUUGCCCUGGUGAACAUAAUCUUUUGUAUCUAUCUUCCUCUUGACAUGUACCUUACUGUUAGUGGACGCUCUGGACUGAUUGUCAAAGUUUCAGAGGCCAUCUCAAUCCUCAACCUCUUCACCUGUCCUCUUCUCUUGACCAGUAUGUGUGCAGAGCGCUAUAUGGCCGCAAGACAUGCAGUGCUCUACAUGAAACUAGCGAGUAAAUGGGAGUAUCGAGCUCUCUGCUCUGCCAUUAUCUGGAUCUUUACGUUUUCCAUUGCAGUGAUUACCUUCUUCCUCAGACUACACACAGUGGCUGCGUACUUGUCAAUCAUCCUUGAUUUUUUCUUACUGUUCAUGCUGGGGUGUCUGGUGGGCAUUGUGUGUGUACUGUGUAAAAAGGGUCCAGGUGACAGCAAAACUGGUGGAGGAACUGGGUCAUCCAUAAAGAACAGAGCUCUAAAGAAUACUGUAGUGGUUCUAAUCCCAACAUUUAUAAUCUAUGCUCCUCUCCUGGCUCUAGCCCCUUACAUAAUGACACUUACGGAAGAUGAUCAACACAAUGUUUCCACCUUAGACUGUGACCUCUUGAAUCUGUUCCAUGCUUUCCCCAGUCUUGGGGCCUGUAUUGGGCCUUCGUUUUACGUGGCUCGUGCAAGACAACUAUUCUGCAGUAAGAAGGAUGCUGGAAAAGGGCAAACCACAACUCAAGAGCUACAGCAUUCCAAGUGAAGUUUCCAAUAAGGCUUAUUCAUCUAAUAGUUGCUACUUUAUGAAAAUGCAUGACCAUUAAUGAUUUACUAGAACACCAGUUUUGUUAGAUAAGCACACUUAAAAUUACUGGUAACAUUUUACAAUAAGGUUCCAUUCAUUAACAUUAGUUAAUGCAAUGGGUAACAUGAACACACAAUAAAAAUAUAUCUUCUACAGCAUCUAUUAAUAUUUGUUAAUGUUAGUUAAUGAAAUUACAAUUGUUCAAUAUUAGUUUAAGUUAGUUCAUAGUGCAUUAACUAAUGCUAACAAAUGAAUCUUUUCAUUUUUAAAUAUAUUAUAUGCUGAAAUUAACAUGAACAAAGAUUAAUAAAUAAAAGUAUUGUUCGUUGUUAGUUCAUGUUAACUAAUGUAGUUAACUUAUGUCAACAAAUGGAACCUUAUUGUAAAGUGUUACCAAAUUAUUCAUAAUUAUUAUAUUAUCUUUAAUCUUUAAAUUUUGUGUAUUGUCUGCAAUUUUACUCCUGUAAAGAAAUUAUGUAAAGUCAUUAUUAAGGAAGUGAUUAUUAGUCACUAAUAUCCAAAUUAUCUUUUAGUUCCUCUGGGUUUUCAGACAAAUCUUAAAGAAAGGAAGGUAUCUUUAUUUUCUUAUAUAUAAAAAAAAUAAAAAUAGUAAAAGUGUGUUAAGAAAAGUACUUUGUGUUAGUAAAAGUACCUUGUUUGCUCUUUUAGCUUUCUUCACAGUAACUAACUAGAUAUUACUUUUUCAUUAUUAUCUACAUUUUCCAUGCAAAUGCCAUGAGAGCAUUUUAGGAAUGUAUAUGAUGCAGCAGUAAACAGGUAGGUUAAGUCUGGGGAAAGUGGCGUAAUGUUUGUUGGUGCUUGUGUCCAUCAGCAAGAACAUAUGCAGUGUUAUGUUGAUUCUAGAACACUAUAUGCACAGUGACUUUAACAUUAAAAAAACUGAAAAACACCCAUGCUUGAAAUGAUUCAAUAUACCUAUGUCCUGCUUCUUGAACUGUAUGUAUACUAUAUUUUUAAUAAUUAAAAUGUCUUUAUUUAGAUAAAAACAACAGGCCUAUGCUUAAUGCAUAUAAAAAAUUGAAACAUUUUUGUAUGUAUUUCCAUAAAACCCUGCAAUGUAAGACCACAUGGA